ACGAGCGUCGCCGGACGACGACGGCGGCAAGCAUACAAAACAUAAAACAGAAAUUAAGACAUCAAGUUAACUUAUUACUCAGACAACUUCUGGCGAAGGCGCGUGCGUACACAACAUAAGUUUUCGUUUUAAAAUGCAAAUAUUAUUGUCAACAAAAUAUGAACACACUCCCGAUCAGUUGGAAAAAAUUCAGGAAUUACGCGAUUUAGUGGAAACUUCAAAUGACCUUGAAAUCGGUACCGACGAUGUGUUCCUAACGAAAUUUCUUAGUUUCGCUAGUUGGCAGGUUAAACGUGCCUAUGAUGCGAUUAAUCGGUAUUAUGACUUCAAGCAGAAAAACCCCGACUGGUUGGCGAACCACCCGGUACACUACUUUCGUGACCAUAUCUAUCAAACGCUCAGCAAGUAUAUAAUGCCGAGGCCGGACAAGGAUGGUCGUGUGAUAUUCGUCUCGAAAACAGUCGAUGCCUUCAAGACAUUUCCUAAUUACCUGUAUGAUAUGAUCGAGAUGGAUGACUUGAUUUUCGAAUCGAUUUUACUACUGCCACAGGCGCAAAAAUAUGGCAUCACUGUCAUAAGCGACUUGAGUGGCACUAAUAAGCGCUUUUUGCGUUUUGCUUCACCUGCCAUGGCAAAAAUGGUGAAUGCCAAAAAUGAUGUAUUGCCAUUUGUAUCACGGAUUGUUCAUGUCAUUCAGAAAGGCAUGGUUUUGAACGCCACAACCAACUUAAUGAUGUCCUUCGCCAGCAAAGAGUUCAAGGAACGAUAUGGCGGUCCUAAGGAAAACGAACUGGACGUGAACAUUUUGUAUGAACACUUGUUGCGGCACUCGGACUAUCUUUUGAAAUUACAAAACUACAGACGGAAAAUCUCAGCCUAAAUUUGUGUUAGCUUAUAGACGUCAAGAAUAAAAUAUGUACAUACAUACAUAUGUAUUAUAUAGUAGGUAGUUAUGAAUAAAUUAUGGUCCAAAAUUUUUAUAAAGAGUCGUUAUUUAGAUACAUGUGUACAUAUUUACGUAUGUAUGUACAAUUUUAAAUGUAUAGUUAUUCUGUUUGUAAAUAUCUCAAAAAAAUAUAUAUUUAAAAAAAAAAAUCCUAGGUACUAGGUACUUAUCAGGGACCGUAAUCAUUAUGAGAAACAUAAUUAUGAUUUUUAUCUUUUCGCUCAGAGAUAAUAAUUAUUGUUGAGGACAUGGAUCCAAACAUAAUAUUUUCUAAUUAGAAUACUAUAUAAAACUACCUUAAUAUAUUUCUUAAAAAUACUUACCUUAAAAUGUAGAUUAAAAUUGAACUAAUUAGCUUCAAAAAAUUAAGUUUGGAUAGUUACCAAAAUGUAUACUUACCAUGUAUUUAUAACCUACACGUAUGUGCAUAUGUAUGUACAUUAGGAAUGUUAAUCGCGGGAUCCCGGCCUUUUUUAGGUCCCGAUAAACCCAGGAUUCUUAGCAAAUAAUCCCGGGAUUUUCGGAAUUUGUAAUUUUCACUGAUGGCAAUAAUAGAAAUUCCUUUUUUUGACAGU